ACCACCCGUUAUUUUCCUUGGACUUAUCGGGCACUAGGUUUUCUUAGUUCAUUCCCUAUAUGUAGGUAGGUUUGGGAUUUAUGCUGAAACACUUUUAAAUUUGUCUACGUUAUACAUGGUUGUUAUUAUAUGUGUUUUGAUGAGUGCUUUUAGUUACACUUUUAGGGCGUUUGACGCUACUUUUCUUUUUUGUUCUCGGGUGUUCUCAGUAGACGGUGUCUAGAGGACUAGGUGUAUAGGUUACCUGUGUCGUUUUGGAGCGUUUUAGCGAGUAGACUAGGAUUAGUUUGGCUUUGCGGCCCUUAGUGUUUAGUCAUUUCUUACAUAUAGGUAUGGUUGUCCCGGUGGUUUGUACCUCUUGUUUGAGAUCCUUGCUGAAGACUUUGUGUAUUAUGUUCCUUCAUUUUAUGUUGUUUUUUGCGUAUUAUGGUUCCUAGAUUUUACGUACUGUGCUUAGGUACUUUUAGGCCGUACGUUUGCUACUAUUCCCUACUCUUAAUGUAGCCAUACCCAGCGGACAUGUAUAUCGUCUUGGCAUUUUCUCGGCAGACAGGUAUAAACACUUUACUCUUUUUACGGUUUUUACAUAUGCUUGGCUGGAGGUCCUUAUGGAAGCAGUCUCUCUACCUUUGGGUAGAGGUAUGACUGUCUACAGCUCACCUCCCCCAUACCCAGCACAGGGAUUGGGUACAGUUGUUGUUGUUGUUGUAUGUAUGUUUGUAUUUUCCAGUUUCUUAAUGUUAUCUUGAUCCAUUAUUUGCUCCCCAUAUUUAUAUAUUUAUUAGACCUUAAUUCAACCUUUUUUUCGUGCUUUCUCAAUUUUCAAUUACUAAUAUAGAUUAAUCAGUUAUUGUGAUUUGUGAUCAUUCUAAUAUACUACUUAGGGGGUUGAUGUUUGGAUUAUCUUGCUCUCCGGGCUUUUUCGCCUAUUAAAAUUUUAUAAAGUUGUUAUAAAGCUCAUUUUCCUUGUAAGCUUCUUAUCAACUUGAACUUUUAUGGACUUAACUAAGCCGAAAAAUAUGAACUUUAUUGAUUUUUCGGAAUUUCAAUACGCCGAAAAGCCCAUAAAAUAAGCUAGAUUAAACACCAUCAACUUAUUUUAACAAUGUAGUUGACUAGAAAAUGUUUGUUUUUUUUUUUGCAAUAAUUGUAGGCGUGUAGUAGAUGGAGUGGUUUCUCGUCUUUGUCUCAGUGGGUGUAAUAUGGUUGGCUUCUCUCUGCAAAAUUCUUCAUGUAUCGUUUUAUCCGUAUGGAAGAACUUCCUUCUUAAGUAAUGAUGCAGCUGGAUCUUCGCAAAAGAGGAACGUCUUGCUGGUUAUUGCCCAUCCUGACGAUGAAUCCAUGUUCUUUUCACCAACAAUUAAUCAGUUGACGUUGGCAGGGCAUAACGUGCACAUACUGUGCAUGUCAACUGGUAAUGCAGAUGGUGUUGGAGAUGUUAGAAAACAAGAGCUUUAUAGGGCUUCUGCAAUUCUUAAGGUUCCUCUCCAAAAAGUGACAGUUGUGGAUCAUCCAGAUUUUCAGGAUGGCUUUGGCAAAAUAUGGAAUAGCAGCACACUAUCAAAGAUUGUGGAAAAGAAAAUUCUUGAUCAUGCAAUUGAAAUUAUUAUAACUUUCGAUGACUAUGGUGUAUCAGGUCAUUGUAAUCACCGUGAUGUACACCGCGGAGUGCGAAAGUUCAUGCUUGAUACUUCACUUCAAGAAGUUGAAGCCUGGGAACUGGUCAGUACAAAUAUAAUCCGCAAGUAUAGCGGGCCAGUUGAUAUUUGGUUGUCCUUUUUGGGUGCCCAGAAUUCUCAUUAUGAACCUAUACAUUGCUUGCUAAAUGUAAAUCCCCUAAGAAGCUAUGCUGCAAUGUCCGAGCACCUGAGCCAAUGGGUCUGGUUCCGAAAGCUUUUUGUUUCAUUUUCUAGUUAUACAUACGUGAACACUUUGAGGAAGAUUAUGGUAUAGGCAAGUUUUGAUGAUAAAUCUGAAGUGAUAAGAUCUCUGGCGUAGUGUUUUUAGCCGUAUGCUUGCAGGAAAGCGUUGGCAGAUGGUCAACCAAGGAUCAGAGGAUUGUUUGCCAAGACGGAAGAGAUCGACGUGUUUGAGAAAGUAACCAGAUGUUUUUAGUGAUUGAAAUCAUCGUUUAGAAGAUACCAGAAAACUUUUUAUCAUAUUGUUAUUAUUAUUUCUUUUAGAAGGACAAAUUCUAAGCAAGUUUUGCCAAGUAAGGAAGAGAUGGUCCUACAACCCAACAAAACCUUGUCAUGAUUUAAGAUGUAAAAUCUAUGUUGAUCUCAAAUUUUGUUGUCUCUUUUUCUUUUUUUGAAACUUAAAAAUGUUGAAAUUUGUUGAAAUGUUACUGUAAAAAGGUAGAAAUUGAAUGAAUGUAAGAAGUAUGUAACCUAGUUCAUGAAA